AUGCUGGGCGGAGCCUCCCUUCCUGUGAACACGCUGGUGAAGAUCAAAGAGGGCCUUCUGCGACAGAGGGAGCUGGAGAUUGACAGGUCAGAAAUACACAGCAGAGGACAGGGAAAUUUUAACCAGGAGAGGUGCAGUAGUGAGUCAUUGGGACAAGCAGGGGAAUUCAUUUAGGCUGGAGAAAAACACCAAAACAAUUCUAGGAGAAACACACCCGAAUCUUAGCAUUAUUGAGUUGGACCAAGGCUUCUGAGCAGCAAAUGUACACAGUAUGUACCUCAUUAUAUUGCAGCACUGUCUGGCUCUGUUCAUCACAUUGGAAGGAAAAACAUUCCGUGAGUGUCCCUUCAGGUUGUCAUUGCCCAGUGGAAAGUUAGAGCACUGCAGUCUCUGAUAUGAUGGGGCAGCAUCGCUCGAGGCAUGUACACACACAUACAUACACACUUUUUCAAUGACCUUGAGCAGAUGUCAGUGUGGCGGCAUGCGGCCACACGCGUCCGAGGUGUCCCCUUUCAGAGUGGCAGGCUGGUGCUGACAGGACAAGCUGGGCAGUGCCAGGGGAGGUUAGUGGACAGUACAGGGUCACCCACCCACACACUCAUCCUGAGAUUACUGCAGAAAAUACAGGCCGAGACACAGCACACAGACACUACCCUGCCACAUCGACACAUAGACUGGUAUGACAUUAAAGGCUGGACCCGCUUUGAACUGGAGAGAUCAGUGUGCAAGCCAGCCCAGGCUAGCACACUGGAAAUCCUGGUCAACUGGUGUUAUUGUGAAUAAGACAGCAUGCUGUGUGCGUUAGAUAUGGGACGAACACUUUCCUACCGAUAUGUAACUAUCCAUGAGUUGGGAUAGCAGCAGGCUGGUCAGGGUGUUAAAGCGAGGGCUUUCUCAAUUGUGUGCCUUGUUAUUGAAUAUCUCCAUCAGUUGUGACUGGAAUGAAUGCGAAAACAAGCUACUUUCACCACCAGGUGGCAGUCGAAAGCAACCUACACACCAAGCAUUUAGUAUUCCUAUCUCGAUCCAGGAACAUUUAUCAACACUCCCCUUUUAUUUUGCUGAAAGGCAAAAAAUGUCAAAGCAAAGAGCUACACACAGGUAUUAGGAGAUUAUUAUAAAUAUAACAUUUUUUCAGGGCGGGGUUUAGGGGAGGAAUUAUGCUUGCCUCAUCAGGAUAGCAUGUAGCCAGCUGGUCCAGCCCUUCACAAGAGAGAAAUAUUAGACAAGUGAUUUACACUGAGUCACACUACCUUAAUUUUAGGAGCCUAGAGGAGAGCGCUGUACAGUGAGUAUACAAAACAUUAAGAACACCUGCUCUUUCCAUGACAUAGACUGACCAGGUGAAUCCAGGUGUUCCUAAUGUUUGGUAUACUCAGUGUAUAUUACCACCUGUCCACAACGCUGACUCAAAAGUACCCUGGGCUAGAUGUUUAUGCUAUAUGCUAUACACACUAGUGGCAUUAAGACAGAUGUUAUUAUAUAGUAUUAUUAUAUAUCGUCCUACAUGCUCCACAUUGAUUGGCCUGUUGGCUGUGUUUUUCUAUAUUACUGCCAGCCUGCUUAAUAUUCAUAAUGGAGAGAGGUGGCACUGUGUGUGACUAUUGCAUAUUUGAAUGUGUACCUCAUGUUUUUACAUGUAAGUAUUACCUGGAUAUCAGUAUAGCUGCUUCUGCUAUAUUGUGGUGUAUUGCUGACAUUCUAUGUCUGAUGUGUGUUUUCCAGACAAAAGCAGCAGAUCCUACAGCUCCAUGCUCGGAUCAGGGAGAACGAGCUGAAAGCGCAACAGGUCCUCCAGAGCCAGAAGGGGCGCUGUGACGACCCCUAUCUACUCAAAGCUAAGGUAAUAAAGCCUCACCUAUCCAGUAACAACUCAAUUAUCUGACCUAGUAUACUGUUAUACACAACUGGCUAAGUGUUAAUAUUUCUAAGCUUUGUCUGAAGCUUUGACAUUUGUUGACAUAUCUGGAACUCUUUAAAAGACUGACAACUCUCUCCUCCUCUCUUUUCCAGGAGUCUCCAUAUGACAGUCCGGUGACUCAGUCACACCCCCAGCUCCAUCUGCAGCUCCACCCCCACCCCCAGCUCCAGCUCCAGCCCCACCCCCAGCCCCAGCUGCAGGUCCCAGAUAGGGUGAGCCCUCUGUGCUGUGACAAUGGGGAGCUGGGCCGUAAGCUAGCCGCUGCAGAGCUGGAGGUCAUCCACCUCAAUGAGUUCCUCAAACAGAACACCCAGAAAUACACAGAGGACAUCAAGAAGCUGGAGGAGAAGGUGGGCAAUGGGCACAUUACACAGAUAGAUCAACCCUAACCCCAGCCUCAGCCACAACCCUAACUCUAGCUUGAUGUCUACACCCCUGGAACCCUUAACCUAGCCACAACCCUAACCCUAAUGAAUGUAAUCAACCCUCUGUCCUGCCCUCCAGAUGAAGACGCGUGACCGCUACAUCAACAGCCUGAAGAAGAAGUGUCAGCGGGAGAGUGAGCAGAACCAGGAGAAGCAGCAGAGGAUAGAGACCCUGGAGAAGUACCUGGCUGACCUGCCCUCCCUGGACGAGGUCCAGACCCAGGCCCAGCAGGUACAGACCCUAUCCAGCCACAGGAUCACCUAAGCUUCUUAGUCAUUUGAUGGCCAUGUUAGAAAAUACAACAAAAAAUGAUGAGAAAGUACAUGAGCUAGCCUGUAUGAUCUUGUUUUAGUUUUAGGGUUAAGAUUUAGGUUAAAGGCAAGUUUUAGGUGAGGGUUAAACGUUAAUGUUACUGGUUGAAAUUGGAUUUGUGGUCACUGGUCAGAAAGCUCCUUAUGUCUGCCCCCUCUAGCAUGGCCAGAUAGUGAGCCCCUGCUAGCUUCUCUGCUAGCUAGCGUCUCAGUGCUAAGCUAACACCUGGUAAUGGAGCGGAGGCGCCUCUUCAUUACAGCUCUCUAAUCCCAUUAGACCUGAUUAGAUCAGCCAUUUCAGGCUGCAUUAAUGGGAGUGCUAGAGGGGAAAGAGGAGGAGUCAGGGGAGUUCAUCGUGUCUGUUAGUAACCUCUGAUCAACCAUAAGAUAAUAUGUCUUCUAUUGUGUUUGCCCUGUCUAUCUGAACUGUAAUGAUUAUUAAAUCAUCGUCAACCUGCUUUAUGUCAUUUUCUUCAAGACAAUAAUGAGAUUCAAUUUGGUAAUAGUAAUCACGUAAGACACCAUUUUACCACUUGAGGUCAAUAAGAACCAAACAAUUACGGCAAUGUAAAUUUCAAAGUGUGGUUUGUGUGCGCUAAACUGGUGUGUAUGGUUCGGUGAGUCUUAUCUAGUUGUGUUUGCCUGUUUGUGUGUGUACAGUCCUAAUGUUCUGUUCAUGUGCUGUGUGUGUCUAUUAGCUGGAGGAGGGUCAGGGGAAGGCCCAGGGCCUGCAGGACACAGUGGCUCGUCUAGAGAAACACCUGGAGGAGGGCCGCACCGUGCUGCAGGAGAAAGAGGACCUGAUUGAGACCCAGUGCAAGAGGGAGAAGGAACUGGUGGCUGCUGUGCAGAGGUAUGAUCAAGGAAUUGAGAUACAAUAGCAAUAUUCCUCUGCAACUCCUGUUUUUAGUUGUAACAGUGUGUUAAAACAGAGCUGGUUAGUAAUGUUGAUGACAGACGGUGCCCUAACGUUGUGUCUCUCUCUGGUUCCCCCAGCCUGCAGGAGAAGGUGGAGCAGUGUCUUGAGGACGGGGUCCGUCUCCCCAUGCUGGACCUGAAGCAGCUGGAGGUAGAGAACGCACGACUACAGGAACAGCAAGCCACCACCAGCAAUGUGAGAUGCAGACACACACACACACACACACACACACACACACACUGGGUCAUUCAGAGUGAUGAGUCUGACAGCUACCAGAUGUUUACGAUUCCUAUCUGCUCUUUUUCAGCUGAUAGACAAUCAGAAGAACCAGAUUGAAAAACUCACUCUUGAGCUGACGGUAAGCCCUACUAUUAGACUUUAUUUGGGUCAACAGUAUGCUUCAAUCAGGUGCUAUUGUAGGAUAGUAGUUGUCAUGUUGUGUGUCUGUGAGUGGUGAUGAUGGGGAUGAUGAUAAUGUUUAAGAAGUGGAUGAGGAUCAGUCAUCUCUGUCAUCAUACAGCAUAGUGGGCGUUUCAUGUGAUGGCUGUGUUGUUAUUCUGUUGCAGGCUGUAGAGCAGAGUCUACAGAAGGAGCGAUGUCUCUCCCAAGAGCUCCAGCAACAGCUGCAGGAGAAGGACGAGGACCUGGUUGCUUUCUCCCACCCACACCCUCCAACAGGUAACCAGCCCCUCACUGAUGAGCCCCACGCAACCUCUCCAAAAACACUAACUACAAAUGUGUACACAUCGCAAAGUAGAAUUAUUCUUGGGAGCAACAAACAAUGAGCGGACAUUUCUUUAGCCCCGUUUACAGUGCCUUCGGAAAGUAUUCAGACCCCUUGACUUUUUCCAUAUUUUGUUACGUUACAGCCUUAUUCUAAAAUGGAUUUAAAAAAAUAAUAAUCCUCAGCAAUCUAUACACAAUACCCCAUAAUGACAAAGCGAAAACAGUUUUAAAAAAAAACAGAAAUACCUUAUUUACAUGAGUAUUCAGACCCUUUGAGAUCCGAAAUUAAGCUCAGGUGCAUCCUGUUUCCACUGAUCAUCCUUGAGAUGUUUCUACAACUUGAUUGGAGUCCACCUGUGGUAAAUUCAAUUGAUUGGACAUGAUUUGGAAAGGCACACACCUGUCUAUAUAAGGUCCCACAAUUGACAGUGCAUGUCAGAGCAAAAACCAAGCCAUAAGGUCAAAGGAAUUGUCCGUAGACCUCCGAGACUGCAUUGUGUCAAGGCACAGAUAAGGGGAAGGCUACCAAAACAUUUCUGCAGCAUUUAAGGUCCCCAAGAACACAGUGGCCUCCAUCUUUCUUAAAUGGAAGAAGUUUAGAACGACCAAGACUCUUCCUAGAGCUGGCCGCCCGGCCAAACGGAGCAAUCGGGGAGAAGGGCCUUAGUCAGGGAGGUGACCAAGAACCCGAUGGUCACGCUGACAGAGCUCUAGAGUUCCUCUGUGGAGAUGGGAGAUCCUCUCUGCAGCAGUCCACCAAUCAGGCCUUUAUGGUAGAGUGGCCAGACAGAAGCCACUCCUCAGUAAAAGGUACAUGACAGCCUGCUUGGAGUUUGCCAAAAGGCACCUAAAGACUCUCAGACCAUGAGAAACAAAUAAAAUGAAAUAAAAUCUCUGGUCUGAUGAAACCAAGAUUGAACUCUUUGGCCUGAAUGGCAAGCAUCACGUCUGGAGGAAACCUGGCACCAUCCCUACGGUGAAGCAUGGUGGUGGCAGCAUCAUGCUGUGGGGAUGUUUUUCAGCGGCAGGGACUGGGAGACUAGUCAGGAUCGAAGCUGAACGGAGCAAAGUACAGAGAUCCUUGAUGAAAACCUGCUCCAGAGCGCUCAGAUCCUCAGACGGGGGCGAAGGUUCACCUUCCAACAGGACAACGACCCUAAGCACACAGCCAAGACAACGCAGGGGUGGCUUCGGAACAAGUCUCUGAAUGUACUUGAGUGGCCCAGCCAGAGCCCGGACUUGAACCCGAUUGAACAUCUCUGGAGAGACCUGAAAAUAACUGUGCAGCGACGCUCCCCAUCCAACCUGACAGAGCUUGAGAGGAUCUGAAGAGAAGAAUGGGAGAAAUUCCCCAAAUACAGGUGUGCCAAGCUUGCAGUGUCAUACCCAAGAAUCAAUGCUGUAAUCGCUGCCAAAGGUGCUUCAACAAAGUACUGAGUAAAGGGUCUCAAUACUUAUGUAAAUGUGAUAUUUCAGUUUUUUAUUUUUUAUAAAUUAGAAGACAUUUCUAAAAACCUGUUUUUGCUUUGUCAUUAUGGGGUAUUGCGUGUAGAAUGAUGAGGGGGGGAGGGGGGGGAUGUAAUCCGUUUUAGAAUAAGGCUGUAACAUAGGAACAUUUGGAAAAAGUCAAGGGGUCUGAAUACUUUCCGAAGGCACUGUAUACCUGCCGCAAACAUGCGUCCUUCGUCCUGAUCUUGUCUUGAUCUUGCCCAUUUACACUUAUAAAAUCUGAUCAAAAUCAGUUCACAAUGCGUCUUUUAAUCGUCUACUGUCUAAAAAUGUGGGCACAAUUAGAAUGAGGACAAGAUCAGGACAAAGGACACGUUAGAACCAAGGCUAGAUUGGAGUCUCUCUCUCUCUCUCUCUCAAUUCAAUUUGCUUUAUUGGCAUGACGUAACAAUGUACAUAUUGCCAAAGCUUACUUUGGAUAUUUACACUAUUAACAUAAUUAAAAUAAUAAUAAUAAUAUAUAUUGUCAACAGGACAUCAGACACUGUCCCUCAUCUAAUGGCAGGCAGAAAUGUAGUGCGCUGCCAACCCACAGCUCUCUGCACCCUCCCCCAACAGGACGGGUAGCCUAUUCUCAUCAGAGAGGUCUUUGAAACCUUGAAAAACGGUUUCAAAUUUGGGGAAAUUACACUAAUUGUUUUAUAUUUUUGACAUUUUGUCAGGAAAUGCAGCUCUGUCUCAGGUUCUGCUGUGGUGCAGUGGUUGCACAGCCUUUCCUCUACAGGGAGCCAGGUUUUGCUGUGUCUACCCUUCUCAAUGACAAGGCUGUGCUCACUGAGCCUGUACUUUGUCAAGGUUUUUCUAAAGGUUUUGAUCAGUAACCAUGGUCAGAUAGUUAGUCACGGUGUACUGUUGAUUUAGGGCCAGAUAGCACAGCAUUUUACUUUGUGCUUGUGCUUGUGUUUCCCAAUAAGCAAUGUAGUUUUGUUUUGACUGUGUUGUAAUUUGGUUUAUUCUGAUUGAUUGGGUGUUCUGGUCCUGAGGCUUCAGUGUGUUAGUAGAACAGGUUUGUGAACUCAGCCCCAGGACCAGCUGGAUGAGGGGACUCUUUUAUUUGCUCAGCUCUUGGCAUUGCAGGGCUUGGUAAUGAUAUGAGAGGGGGUCACUGUAUUUUAGAUGUUUCCAAAACUUAAUUGCUAUUUUUUGAGUUUUUAUUAUUAGUGGAUAUUGGCCUAAUUCUGCCAUGCAUGCAUUGUUUGUAGUUUUCCUCUGGACAUGUAGGAGAAUCUUAGGAGAACUCUGCAUGCAGGGUUUCAAUGGGGUGUUUGUCCCAUUUGGUGAAAUCUUGUUUUGCAAGUGGACCCCACAUCUCGCUGCCAUAAAGUGCAAUUGGUUCAAUGACACAUUCAAUUAGUUUUAGCCACAUUUUAAUAGGUAUUUCAAUUUUAAUUUGUUUUUUAAUGGUGUAGAAUGCCCUGCGUGCUUUCUCUGUUCAUUCACUGCAUCAUUAAGGUGUCCAGUUGAGCUUAUUUUUAAACCUAAGUAAUUGUAGUGUGUGCAAUACUCUAUAUAUUUUGUACCAACUGAGAACUUUGGUCUAAUUCCCUGAGAUCUGGAUCUUCUCUGGAAAAUCAUUGUUUUAUUCUUUUUGGAGUUUACUGCCAGGGCCCAGGUCUGGCAGUACUGCUGUAGCAGGUCCAGGCUCUGUUGUAGGCCAUGUGCUGUGGGUGACAGCAGGCAUAGGUCAUCUGCGAAGAGCAGGCAUUUAACCUCUGAAUUGUGGAGACUAACACCAGGGGUUGGGGAUUUUGAUGCUGCACGUAUUGCCAGUAUACAUUGGUUUAAUUAUGUAAUAUGUUUUACCCCCUACACCACUUUCAAUAACUUUGUAGAACAGUCCUGUAUGCCAAAUAGAAUCAAAUGCUUUUUGGAAGUCGAUAAAGCAAGCGUACAUUUUGGUAUUAUUUUGGUGGACAUGUUUAUCUAUCAGGGUGUGUACAGUCGUGGUCAAAAGUUUUGAGAAUUACACAAAUAUUAAUUUUCAUAAAGUCUGCUGCCUCAGUUUUUAUGAUGGCAAUUUGCAUAUACUCCAGAAUGUUAUGAAGAGUGAUCAGAUGAAUUGCAAUUAAUUGCAAAGUCCCUCUUUGCCAUGAAAAUUAACUUAAUCCCCAAAAAACAUUUCCACUGCAUUUCAGCCCUGCCACAAAAGGACCAGCUGACAUCAUGUCAGUGAUUCUCUCGUUAACACAGGUGAGAGCGUUGACGAGGACAAGGCUGGAGAUCACUCUGUCAUGCUGAUUGAGUUAGAAUAACAGACUGGAUGCUUUAAAAGGAGGGUGGUGCUUGAAAUCAUUGUUCUUCCUCUGUUAACCAUGGUUACCUGCAAGGAAACACGUGCCGUCAUCAUUGCUUUGCACAAAAAGGGCUUCACAGGCAAGGAUAUUGCUGCUAGUAAGAUUGCACCUAAAUCAACCAUUUAUCGGAUCAUCAAGAACUUCAAGGAGAGAGGUUCAAUUACAUUUUUACAUUUUAGUUAUUUAGCGGACGCUCUUAUCCAGAGCGACUUACAGUUAGUGAGUGCAUACAUUUUCAUACAAUUGUUGUGAAGAAGGCUUCAGGGCGCUCAAGAAAGUCCGGCAAGCGCCAGGACCGUCUCCUAAAGUUGAUUCAGCUGCGGAAUCGGGGCACCACCAGUGCAGAGCUUGCUCAGGAAUGGCAGCAAGCAGGUGUGAGUGCAUCUGCACGCACAGUGAAGCGAAGACUUUUGGAGGAUGGCCUGGUGUCAAGAAGUGCAGCGAGGAAGCCACUUCUCUCCAGGAAAAACAUCAGGGACAGACUGAUAUUCUGCAAAAGGCACAGGGAUUGGACUGCUGAGGACUGGGGUAAAGUCAUUUUCUCUGAUGAAUCCCCUUUCUGAUUGUUUGGGGCAUCCGGAAAAAAGCUUGUCCGGAGAAGACAAGGUGAGCACUACCAUCAGUCCUGUGUCAUGUCCAACAGUAAAGCAUCCUGAUACCAUUCAUGUGUGGGGUUGCUUCUCAGCCAAGGGAGUGGGCUCACUCACAAUUUUGCCUAAGAACACAGCCUUGAAUAAAGAAUGGUACCAACAUAUCCUCCGAGAGCAACUUCUCCCAACCAUCCAAGAACAGUUUGGUGACGAACAAUGCCUUUUCCAGCAUGAUGGAGCACCUUGCCAUAAGGCAAAAGUGAUAACUAAGUGGCUCGGGGAACAAAACAUCUACAUUUUGGGUCCAUGGCCAGGAAACUCCCCAGACUUUAAUCCCAAUGUGAACUUGUGGUCAAUCCUCAAGAGGCGGGUGGACAAACAAAAACCCACAAAUUCUGACAAACUCCAAGCAUUGAUUAUGCAAGAAUGGGCUGCCAUCAGUCAGGAUGUGGCCCAGAAGUUAAUUGACAGCAUGCCAGGGCGGAUUAAAGAGGUCUUGAAAAAGAAAGGUCAACACUGCAAAUAUUUACUCUUUGCAUAAACUUAAUGUAAUUGUCAAUAAAAGCCUUUGACACUUAUGGAAUGCUUGUAAUUAUACUUCAGUAUACCAUAGUAACAUCUGACAAAAAUAUCUAAAAACACUGAAGCUGCAAACUUUGUGAAGACCAAUACUUGUGUCAUUCUCAAAACGUUUGACCCACGACUGUAGGAUGUAAAUAUGAUCGGUCGUGCGAUGUUUUGGUAUAAAUCCAAUUAGGCUUUUACUCAAGACAUUGUGCUUAUUAAGGAAGUUUAGAACUCUUACAUUUAUAAUACUACUUUUUAAUUUGAGGGCCUGAAGUUUCUUAUAGAGCUCCUGGUCAGUAAUUGGGGAGUCAAAUGGAUUUUGAUGAUCCUUUAUAGCUUUUUGUAAUCCAUUCAACUUCUCAUGAAUUUGGUCAUUGUUCUGCGUUUGUGUCAAUUUGAACGGUGUUGUAGAGUGUUUUAAAAUGGGUUGUCCAUAUGUCACCAUUUUGUAUCGCUAAUUCCUCAUUUUGAUUCCUCGUUUUUUCAAAUUUUGCCAGAAGUUGUUUGUGUUGAUGGACUCAUCAAUUAGUGUGAGCUGCUUGCUGUUGUACUGUGCUUUUUGGUUCUGAGUGGACGUUUAUAGAGUUUUAAAGUCUCACAGUAAUGAAGGCGUAAUUCACCAUUAUUUGGGUCUCUGUGCUUUUGGUUUGAUAGUGUUCUAAGUUUUUUCCUUAUAAUUUUACAAUCUGCAUCAAACCAGUUGUCAUGUGUGGUCUUUUUUUUUUUUUUUUUUUUUAUAAAUUUCAGUUGUGCUUCUUUUGCCGUUUGCCUGAAUAUAUAGUUUAUGUUUUUUACUGCUAGAUGCCUUCUUUACUGUGAGUGAAUGUGAUAUCCAGAAAGGUAUCUAAGAGUGUUUGGAUAUUUUGGCUACUGGUUGCUUUCUGGUAUUCUUCUGUGCUGUUUUGGGCCCAUCUGUAUGAAUUUCUGAUGUUGUACAGCUUACUGGGCUGUGAAUGUGUGGUUGUUUCCAUGUCUGUUCUUUUGAGGAACAAUGUAAUUUGGCUAUGAUCAGACAGAGGUGUUAGUGGCUUGAUGGUGAAAGAGCUGAGAGAGAACGGGUCAAUGUCUGUAAUCAUAUAGUCUACUGUGUUGUGGCCAAGAGGUGAGCAAUAGGUGAAUCUCCCCAAAGAGUCCCCCCGUAACCUACCAUUGACAAAGUACAAACCCAGGCUUCGACAGAGCUGCAACAGAUCCUUUCCGUUUUUGUUGAUGGUGCUUUCACUGUUGUUUCAAUGGGGGAGAUAAAGACAGUUAGAAACAGAAUGGCCUGUAAUAAAGCUGUCCCCUCGUGUGGUCGUUAGAUCAGGUAGUGUUCCUGUGCGCGCAUUUGUGUCCCCACAGAUGAGCACAUUUACCUGGGCCUGGAAAUGGCACGUCUCUUCCUCAAGGCUGGGGAAUAUCUCCUCUGAGUAAUAAUGGGAUUCUGAGGGGGGGAUAUAUAUUGUGCAAAGGAACACAUAUUUUUCUGUCAGUACAAGUUCUUUUUUCAGUUUUAACCAAAUGUGAUAUUUACCAAUUUUGAGGUGAUCAAUUAGAUUUUGUAGUUCGGAUUUGUACCAAAUUAUCAAUCCUCCAGAGUCUCUGCCUCUAUUAACAGAGCUGUGUUUCUGUGAUGGCACAUUUACCUCUCUGUAGCCUGUGGGACAGUGAGUGACAAUGUCUGCCUUACACCAUGUCUCCUGCAGAAUGAUGACGUCAACAUCUUUAAGAUUUUUUUUUUAACUCCAGUGCUAAACUCUUCAGCCCAAAGGUUGAUGAGUUUAGGCCCUGAAUGCUCCACAUGGUAACUGAUAGUGAUUUCAUGUUGCAAAAAGAAAUAACAGCACAGUCAAAAAUACAGUAACUACUAACUAGUUAAGAGUGAGAUAAACAGGACAACAGCAAACAUUUGUUCUGUUAUGUACAGUUGAAGUCAGAAGUUUACAUACACUUAGGUUGGAGACAUUAAAACUUGUUUUUCAACCACUCCACAAAUGUCUUGUUAACAAACUAUAGUUUUGGGAAGUUGGUUAGGACAUCUACUUUGUGCCUGACACAAGUAAUUUUUCCAACAAUUGUUUACAGACAGAUUAUUUCACUUAUAAUUCACUGUAUCAUAAUUCCAGUGGGUCAGAAGUUUACAUACACUAAGUUGACUGUGCCUUUAAACAGCUUGGAAAAUUCUAGAAAAUGAUGUCAUGGCUUUAGAAGCUUCUGAUAGGCAAAUUGACAUAAUUUGAGUCAAUUGGAGGUGUACCUGUGGAUCUAUUUCAAGGCCUACCUUCAAACUCAGUGCCUCUUUGCUUGACAUCAUGGGAAAAUCAAAAGAAAUCAGCCAAGACCUCAGAAAAAGAAUUGUAGACCUCCACAAGUCUGGUUCAUCAUUGGGAGCAAUUUCCAAAUGCCUGAAGGUACCACGUUCAUCUGUACAAACAAUAGUACGCAAGUAUAAACACCAUGGGACCACGCAACCGUCAUACCGCUUAGGAAGGAGACGCGUACUGUCUCCUAGAGAUUAACGUAUUUUGGUGCGAAAAGUGCAAAUCAAUCCCAGAACAACAGCAAAGGACCUUGUGAAGAUGCUGGAGGAAACAGGUACAAAAGUAUCUAUAUCCACAGUAAAACGAGUCCUAUAUCGACAUAACCUGAAAGACCGCUCAGGAAGGAAGAAGCCACUGCUCCAAAACCGCCAUAAAAAAGCCAGACUACGGGGACAAAGAUCGUACUUUUUGGAGAAAUAUCCUCUGGUCUGAUGAAACAAAAAUAGAACUGUUUGGCCAUAAUGACCAUCGUUAUGUUUGGAGGAAAAAGGGGGUAGCUUGCAAGCCGAAGAACACCAUCCCAACCGUGAAGCACGGGGGUGGCAGCAUCAUGCUGUGGGGGUGCUUUGCUGCAGGAGGGACUGGUGCACUUCACAAAAUAGAUGGCAUCAUGAGGAAGGAAAAUUAUGUGGAUAUAUUGAAGCAACAUCUCAAGACAUCAGUCCAGGAAGUUAAAGCUUGGUCGCAAAUGGGUCUUCAAAUGGACAAUGACCCCAAGCAUACUUCCAAAGUUGUGGCAAAAUGGCUUAAGGACAACAAAGUCAAGGUAUUGGCGUGGCCAUCACAAAGCCCUGACCUCAAUCCUAUAGAAAAUUUGUGGGCAGAACUGAAAAAGCGUGUGCAAGCAAGGAGGCCUACAAACCUGACUCAGUUACACCAGCUCUGUCAGGAGGAAUGGGCCAAAAUUCACCCAACUUUAUUGUGGGAAGCUUGUGGAAGGCUAUCCGAAAUGUUUGACCCAAGUUAAACAUUUUAAAGGCAAUGCUACCAAAUACUAAUUGAGUGUAUGUAAACUUCUGACCCACUGGGAAUGUGAUGAAAGAAAUAAAAGCUGAAAUAAAUCAUUCUCUCUACUAUUAUACUGACAUUUCACAUUCUUAAAAUAAAGUGGUGAUCCUAACUGACCUAAAACAGGGAAUUUUUACUAGGAUUAAAUGUCAGGAAUUGUGAAAAACGGAGUUUAAAUGUAUUUGGCUAAGGUGUAUGUAAACUUCCAACUUCAACUGUAUAUAUAUAUUCCUAUUCAUUGAACAAGUACACUUUUAGUACAAUAGGUGCGUGUGUGCGCACGUUUAGUGCAGUUUAGUGCAGAUGUAUUGGAGGAGCUGUUUAAUCUCACUCAAUCCUACAGGGUUCUCCUGUCCUCUGAGGACCUCCGCAUAGCUGUGCUGGUCCUGCUGGGCCAGGUCUGGGCCGGGGGGUUUCCUCUCUGGUCUGGUAGAGGUGGUGGUCUGGUGCUGGGUAGUAGGCUGGGCCCGGUCCAGUCUGGCUAAACCGAUAGAAGUGGUGAUGCUCUGGUGGUGGGUGGGGCCUGUGAGGUGCGCUGGGUCUGGUGGGGCGUUGAGGGGGCCUGGGGCUCCUUGGUGGUGCAGUGGUCUGGUAGGGGUCUCUGGGUGGUCCCCUGUCCAGUGCGGCAUGGGGUGUUUGUCUACCAAGUGCAACGUCCUUUAGAGACUUGGCAAACAUCCCUACUGUCUGCUUCCUCAGGUGGGAGUGGUCGUGCAGAUGCUCUGGGGUGAUUGUUGGGUGGUGAGCAACGUGCACAUUUGGGAGUAGGCCACACCCUCUGGUGAUGUCAGCGUUGACUUUCUGAAUGGUACUGGGAUGAAAGUCUUUGCGGGGCAGCAGAGUGGAGAUGGUGAUGUGGGAGUUGGGGAACCCUCUCUGCUACACUGUUGACCAGGCAGCCUACUCUCUCCUGCUCCUCUCACAGGUUGUUGGUGCUGGUGUGAAUAAUAAUGUGACCUGGUGUGCCAAAGUCAGGCUGGGACAGGAUGUGGAGUGCAUCCUGCGUUUUUGGGCACCAUAUUUUGGACACCUUGUGGUGGGGGAAGAGUUUAUCCUCUUGGAUGAAUUUCCCAUUUGAGUCAAUGAGGAUGGCCACCUCAGUGGGUUUUACCAGACUAGUGGGUUUACGGUCUGGGGCUGGGGUACACAGGGCCUGUGUACAAGGAGAGGUGUGUGGGGGUGUGUCAGGGGGGGCCAGAGAGCUUCUCUCUGUAGUAGGUGUCCCCAUGUGAGCCUCCUUGUUGACUGGGGGUGUGGGUAAAGGGUGGUCGGUAUGGGAGGGGUGAGGAUGGGUCAGUGGGGGUGUUAGGGGUGGUGAGGGGCUGCAGCUUCUCUCUAGGGGUCUCUACAGUCUGUUCUCUAUGCUGCAGCACACUCUUGAUGACAGACAACUCCUUUGCCAUCUCCUCCUUUACCUGCACUAGCUCUCUCCUCAUGGUGGCCUUUACCUCCUCAAGCACUGUGGUAAGAGUCUCUCUCUCUCUCUCUCUCUCUCUCUCUCUCUCUCUCUCUCUCUCUCUCUCUCUCUCUCUCUCUCUCUCUCUCUCUCUCUCAUCCUGACAGUAGCUCUGUCCUGGGUUUAGCUAGUGAUGGAGAGGUCCAUUCACCCCCAUUAUGUUCCUCUAGUGACCCUUUUUGUCCUCUAAUCUUUUCAUAGCAGCCAAGUCAUGAAUAACCCAAUAUGGCCCCUCCAGCUCCCACCACUACCACACGCACCCAAUUAAUUGUGUCAUUCUUCACCACCAGGUGAGGACGAGCCCGGCGCUAAAAGGUCUGAAUUCAAGCAUGUGAAAGCCGGGCAGGCAGAAGAGGGUGGGAACGUGUGUGUGUCUCCUUUACAGAGGGGAGAGGCAGGGUAGAGAGCACACACGUGGCUGACGUCGCAGCACCAUACAUUAUCCCAGUGACAGGGACACAAGAGGCAAUUAUCAGCUGGAAGAUUCCCCGGCCUGGCUCCCACAAAGGGAGGUCGCUGGUUUGGAGAGAAGGAGGGAGGGAGUGGAGGAUGGAGGGUGAGGGGAUGGAGGAGUGUUGCCUGGCUCUGCAGUGUGACUCUGUCACAAGAGCUGUCGGCACGGGACGGUGA